CAUUUGAGGCUAUAGCAUAGUCAAGGAGCGAUUAAUUCUGUGCUUUUAUUUUUUAAUAACGAUCCUUCAACCGGAAAGACUUUUACGUGACUUGUAAAAACUUUGCAUGCAUUAGCAAGCUGGAUGGGAGGUAAGGAAGUCGGGAAAAGACAAACAUGAACAAGCUGAAGUCCUCACAGAAGGAUAAAGUUCGCCAGUUCAUGAUUUUUACACAGUCAAAUGAGAAAACUGCACUGACCUGUCUGUCACAGAAUGACUGGAAACUAGAUGUUGCCACCGAUAAGUUUUUCCAAAAUCCUGAGCUCUAUGUUCCAAAUCUAAAGGGGGCCUUGGAUAAGAAGAAGCUUGAGCAGCUGUACAACCGAUACAGGGAUCCUCACGAUGACAACAAAAUCGGCAUUGAUGGCAUUCAGCAGUUCUGUGAUGACCUGACUCUGGACCCAGCCAGUAUAAGUGUGCUGCUCAUAGCCUGGAAGUUCAGGGCAGCAACACAGUGCGAGUUCUCAAAGCAGGAGUUCAUGGAUGGCAUGGCAGAACAGGGGUGUGACAGCAUAGAGAAGCUUAAAGCUCAGCUGCCAAAGAUGGAGCAAGAGUUAAAGGACCACAGGAAAUUUAAGGACUUUUACCAGUUCACAUUUAAUUUUGCAAAGAAUCCUGGCCAGAAAGGUCUGGAUUUAGAAAUGGCAAUUGCGUAUUGGAAUUUAGUACUGGCUGGAAGAUUCAAAUUCCUGGAAUUGUGGAACAAAUUUUUAGUUGAGCACCACAAAAGAUCAAUUCCUAAGGACACCUGGAACCUCUUACUAGACUUCAGCACAAUGAUCACAGAUGACAUGUCGAAUUAUGAUGAAGAGGGAGCAUGGCCUGUCCUUAUUGAUGACUUUGUGGAGUUUGCACGGCCACACAUCGGGACCAAAAGCACAGCAGUUUAAGGGCUGCUCUCACAGAAGGAAACUCACAGUGAAGUUUCUACAGAGCAGAGAGCGCAGUGAACGAGGACAAGUGGACCGCACUGAGCUGAGAACUAUGUUGCCUUUUCAACCCUCAGGACUGAAAUAUUUUACACAGCAGAGACUUUAUAUGUGUGUGUGUGUGUAUUUACAUAUAUAUAUACAUAUAUAUGUAUAUAUAUAAAAAGGCAUAUCUCUUUGUUGGUCAACUUGUGGUGGUUUGGAACAUUUAUCUAAAGUAUUGGGCUUUUUGUGUGCACUCAAGCCAAUUAGAGAGGAGUCACCAUCUUGGGCCACAUGGUUCUAUGAUGUGUUUGAGCUCCACUCAAAAGCAGGUAGAUAGACACACUUUUGAAUUGUAAUCUAAAUACGAGGGUUUCGCAAGGAGACAUUCUUUAAAUAUUGAAUUUUAAUAUUUGUGUGCAUUCCUGAUUUAGUUUUUGUUUUAUAAUACAUUUGUGUGACAAGUCGGUAUAAAACAUUGAUUGUAAUUUUUUAAGAAUAAUGCUGUUUGUUUAAACACAAAUGUAUAAAGUUAAAAUAAAUGUUUGAAUUUGGUAUCUUUAAAGCUAUCGGGCCUCUGCGAGUGUUUGUGUCACUAAAUGGAUAAAGCUUAACAGAAGUCGUUCUUGGAGCACUUGAUGUAGAGAAAAUGCAAUGCAGCACCACAUAGGCUCUCCUACAUUGUAGAAAAUUUGUUGGUCUCUAUGUGGCGAGCUAAACAGUAUACAGUUCCCUUUGUGUUUAUAUUUACAGAGGUGUGGUAGUUAAAUAAGACACUUAAUAAAACAGUUUUAGCCAGCUUUUGGAACUGUUUAACCAUGAAAGCAUCACUACCUCAUGCAUGCUGAUGUUCUCCUAAAAACUCCUUCAGAGCCACAUUAAACAUAACUUUUUUCAUGUGUAUCCUUUUACACACUCUGUAAGUACCUUUAUAUUUGUUUGGUGGAGUUUACCUUUAGCUCAACUUUGCUCUCUACUUCAAAUGUGUUUGGCCCGACACAUAAAAGUGAAUUUUUUUU